AUGUUGCGGGUAUUUCCACGUUUGGGUAGGACCAAUCUACUUAAAUAUCCGACCAUUCUACAACAUUCGCGGCUUCGCGAAUUUCAUUGUUCACCAUGUUAUAAUCUACCUGGAGUUUCUAAGUCCUCAGAACUCAUAACGCCUACCGAUGUGGAUCCUCCAGUCAAGCGAACCCGCCGGAAGGCUGUGACCUCGGGGGAUAUCACAGCAGAAGAUGCUUUGGCAGUGGAAGCAGUGAAGCGUAGACCUAGGAAAUCCGCGGAUGAUGAAAAGGUUGAUGGCAAAGACGAUUCUAUAGUUGAGCCAGUGAAGCGCAAAAGAGGCCGGCCCAAAAAAGUGAAAGAGGUGGAGGUGAAAUCAGAAUUGGAACCAGUUCCCGAAGCGAAACCUGUACCAGAAUUGGAACCAGAGCAAGAACCAGAAGCGGAAGAAGAGGCUAUAGUAAAUAAAGUAGACGAAAGCGAGUUUAUAAAGAUUCCCUUGGACCUGAGGAAAUACCUGAGAGACGCUCACAUGAAAGGUUCAACCAUGGGGGAUAGAACACGCUCGAAUAUCGUGAACGGAGCACUGUGUGAUGAUAUCUUGGAACGUCUGAAACCAUCGCUUUUAAAGCAUGUUGGCUGCGACGUCAUCGACAUAAAUCCAGGCAUUGGCUUAUGGUCGUCUAAGAUCCAUAAAAUUCUUAAACCUCGAACACAUCUCCUUAUGGAACCUGAUGCCAAGAAGUAUUAUCCUUUUAUCCAACCUCUUCUUGAUGCAAAAGAUUCUACUUAUCAACACAUACCAAAAUCUGGAACGGUCUGGGAACAUCUUGGCCAAGUUACUACUCCGGAAUUCCUACCCCAACAGGUAAAACUUUCGCGAGAUGAUCCAAAGAUCAACGAACCAAACAACACCCUUCUUGUGAUUGCGAAUCUUGCCCACUACCCCAGAAAGAGGUACCGCGGUUUUGAGUCCAUGUCACAACUAGUUCUGUAUCAACUUCUUUCUGCAGCAAGAUCGCAUGCCUUAUUCCAUCAAUAUGGUCUCAUACGAAUGCUUGUAUGGAUACCGGAUGUAGAAAAAACGUCAUGGCUGGUACGUCAUGUCGCCCAGAUGCGCAAAAAUGCUGUGGAGGCCCAAAUAACUACAGAAUAUAUUCAAGAGAUAGCAAGUUCAACUGUAGACAACCACCGAUUUGUAAGAGACGCCGAGGUUGCAUUAGCGAAUUCCAUAGAUGUUGUCAGUAAGAUGGAUAAAAUGGGCAUAACGACACCCAAACAUAGGCAAGGCCCAAUGGAGUUCAAAGCCAGGCAGUCACUUGCUACAGGUGGGCACAAAGUAGAAAGCGAAGAUUUCAAUCGCUUCAAGAGAGGCUGGUUCGAUGAAUUUGGGGAUCUUCAGAAGCGAUUGGAUGAAGGGAAAUUAAUCAAAUUCAAAGUGUCAGAAGGUGAGAAGAUCGAAAACGUUCAAAAGGACAAACGAAAGAAGGAGAAAAGACACUAUACCGAAGAAUAUGCACGUUAUAUCUUCCUUAAAGCAAAGAAAAAAGUGAUCAACCAACAUGGGGCACUGACACAGGAUCUUAUCAAUGACUACAACAACAUCAAUCAGCUUCAUAGUAAGAUUUUAGACGCAGAUUCGAAGUCCGAGGACACAGAGAGUUCAAGAAAUGAAUUGGACACAAUGAUCAAGACGUAUGAAGACAAAAUUUCCCAGCUGCCUCUUGCUGCCCAAAAGAUCUAUGGUAUCAGACUCGACGGUGCGCGUAUUGGUACAGAAUUCGAGAAGAGACCGAUGGAGCCUCUCAAAGUAUAUUCAAAAGAAUUCAGACCUGCUUCUGAGUUGUGUCUCUUGGAUAUUCAGCCGCAAGCUCUUUGGCCUAUACUUCGUCAAAAUUAUCCCGAGAACUACGAUGUCUUCGAAUACAUAAUUGGUAAUAUGUACGCAAAUCCAAUUGACACAGUCUAUGAGUCUUUGGAAGGAUUAUGGCCCGGUGCCCUAGAGCACAUAGCCGGCGAAUGCCCCUCGUUAACAGAUCCUUCGAAAGGAGGAGCAUUUGACUUGAAGCAUUUGUCUGUAAGAUCCCUGACAACGGAAAUGUUAAAGGAGAUUAUGGAGGCAUGGAUGAAGUGGCCAUUCCGCCCUAGUAGAUUCGAAUUAAUGACUAAAAGUGGCAGUAUGGUACAUGAUCCAGACAGUCCAGAUGAGGAUGUUCUCGAUGGCCCGUGA